AUGUCAUCAAGACCAUCAACCUUACGCCAUUUAGUCCGUAGCUCACAAGAGUUUGUCAAUUGCUUGAACCCAUUACUUGAAGAGUCGUUACCAGUUGUGCUGCCAACCACGAAAGUUAAAACAUUGUACCUUUCAUCAUUUUUGAUUUGCACACAGGAACCGCAGAAUGCCCAACGAGUAUCUAGAUGCAACGAACCAAAGCCUCGCCGAUUGAAACCUAAUCGAAAGCUGCCAGUUACUCGAAUUCCACAUAAAAAGGUGAUUGUUAAUUCAGCGGUUAAUGCAACAGACGAAAACGACGUCCCACCAAUUGAAAGCAGUGAUCCAAAAGAGGUUUAUUUGAGCUACAAUGAUUCAAACACACCAAAAUAUAUUGGGAAAUUCUUUAAUGUUAUGGUUGGUAAUCGAUUAAAACGCCAAUGCAAAUACUGUCAGUCGCAAUAUGCUGAUUUGAAAGGGUUCAAUCGACAUUUUGAAAAGAAACAUGGCAUACGAACCUGCUAG